AUGGCUCCCACUUUCACCCCUCCGUUGUCAAUUAUCAUAGUGGGUUGCGGAGUCUUUGGCUUGUCCACCGCCCGCACACUCUCAGACCGAUACCCCUCCACCAUAGUUACUGUCAUAGACAAACAUGCUUUCCCAUGCCCCUACAGUGCCUCAAUAGAUUCCUCUCGUAUCGUCCGCGCAGAUUAUGCAGAUCCGGCCUACUCAAUCCUAGGCCGGGAAGCCCUCAGGCAUUGGGCCGGGCAUCUAGCAUUCCACAAAACAGGAUUAGUCGUCACUGCUGAUGGAGAGAACAAGUAUCUCAAUGACUCCUACGGCAAUGUGAAAUCAGAGGUCGGGGUAGAAUAUCUCCCUACCGAGAAAGAUAUUGCUGGUCUUAUGGCAGGAGGAUGUAGCGGAAAGUCCGGGUACGUGAAUUGGAACAGCGGCUGGGUCGACGCAGAAACCGCAAUGCGGAUGUUACACUCGGAAGUUGAAUCCCGGGAGAACGUCCGGUUUUUAAUAGCGGAGGUGUCGGGACUCCUCUACUCAGGGCGUAGGGUCCUCGGCGUCAAACUUCUCGACGGGAAAGAGGUCACCGCGGGACUUACUAUUCUCGCUGCCGGUGCAUGGACACCCGGCCUCGUUCCAUUACAUGGCCGGGCGGUCCCGUCGGGGCAAGUCAUAGCCUAUCUAACCUUAUCCAGAGAAGAAGCGAUCCGCUACGCAAGUCUGCCCGUACUCCUAAACCUCACGACAGGAACAUUAAUAAUCCACUCCCCAAGCACCUCGCCCCCAACCCUAAAGUUCGCCCGGCACGCACAGGGAUACGCUUCCCCCACGCCGGUAUUCCCAAAGGCCAUUCCACAGGAGGGUGAAGGUGCGCUGAGGGAUGCGGUCAAACAGCUAGUGCCCGAGUUCUCCGAGAGACCGUUCGAGAAGACUAGGGUGUGUUGGUAUACUGACACCCCUGAUGGCGACUUUUUGGUGACCUGGCAUCCGGAAUAUGAGGGGCUGUUCAUUGCUAGUGGGGGAAGUGGGCAUGCGUUCAAGUUUUUGCCAGUGCUGGGGGGUGAGAUUGUGGAUGUGCUUGUAGGGAAGGGAAGGUUUGGGAAGAAAUGGGGGUGGAAGGAACAUGUUGGGGGGCUUGGUGAUGGGAGUAGGGGCGGUGGUGACGCGGGGAGAGUUCCUCUGGAGGAGCUGCUGUUGGAGGGAGGCAGGAGCAAGCUCUGAUAGAGGGGUGAAAUGUGUGGGGAAACGAUAAUACAGUGAAUUGCUGGUAGAAUGCCAGUCCACUUUUC